CUGAGCACCCCAAGUUUCAGACCAUGUGGUGGGGUUUCAGCUAUCUGUCCUGGGGCCUCAAAGAAUCUAACUUGGAUCCUGCUUGGCAGACCCCUCGAAACCUACCUGCAGCCCCCUGCGGAAGCUAUUGCUCGAAAUCAAAAUGAGCAGGGAAAAAUGAUUUUUUUAAAAUAUGCAAAACCCCAACUUUUUUAUUGAAAUCCAAUUUUAAUUUAAUCAGGGGUUUGAAAGUUUGUUUUUCAAAAUAAACCUCCUUAAAAUUAAAUGUGAAGACAAGACAAUCUCUGCCAAGGCGGAAACUUACAAUCAUCCAUUCAGUUCAUUUAAGUGAAAUGAAAGUGAAUGUUAAGCAGUGCCCUAUUUGCAGCUGGGACUGUAAAGACAGUCAUAGCACCAAAGUGCUAGUUUAACACAAAGCAGGGUAACUUGAUUACAAUCAGCUGAUGAUCACAAUGAUCCCUUUUGGCCUUGGACUCUAUGAGAAAGUGCUAACCCGGCUUUUGAGAGCAGUCGUCUUUCCGCAGCUGCAGAGAGUUUAUUUUGUUCAACUAGUUCAGUCCAAUGACUAGUUCAUUCACAGUGAAGACACUAAUUGAAAGCUGAAAAUAGCAGGAAAGCUUGGGGUUUUUUUUCUUUCCAAUCUACAAAUAGAAAUCAGCCAUGACAGGAUGAGGUCUGCUAGUUCUAUCUUGCAGAGCUUGAUUCUCCCGUUCACGCCAGUUCUACAUCGGUGGGCUCAUCACCAAGCUUUUCCCCCGGGGAUGCAGUGAAUGGUCAUCCUAGCUACAUCGAGGCUCCAGCCAACGCUUCGAGGACUCGGACAUCUCCAAUGAACACGCUCGGGUCGCCUGCACUAGGCUCACCCUACAGAGUCAUCGCUUCUUCCAUUGGACCCCAUUCCGUUUCCCUGGCUUCCGCUCCCAGCAUGAAUUUCGUGGCGCACACCAGCCCACAGCUCAAUAUCAUGAACGCUGUCAGCAGUUCUGAAGACAUUAAGCCUCUGCCAGGCCUCCCAGGGAUCGGAAACAUGAAUUAUGCCUCCACCAGCCCAGGAUCCCUGGCCAAACACAUCUGUGCAAUCUGCGGGGACAGAUCAUCAGGGAAGCACUACGGGGUGUACAGCUGCGAAGGCUGCAAGGGGUUCUUCAAGAGGACGAUAAGGAAGGACCUGGUCUACACGUGCCGCGAUAACAAAGACUGUCUAAUCGACAAGCGGCAGCGCAACCGCUGCCAGUACUGCCGCUAUCAGAAGUGCCUGGCGAUGGGGAUGAAGAGAGAAGCCGUGCAAGAGGAGAGACAGAGGAGCCGAGAGCGCAGUGAGAAUGAAGCCGAGUCCACGUGCAGCAGCAACGAGGAUAUGCCCGUGGAGAGGAUUUUAGAAGCCGAACUGGCGGUUGAGCCAAAGACGGAAUCCUACAGCGACGUGAGCACUGAGAAUUCGACUAAUGACCCUGUCACCAAUAUAUGCCACGCCGCAGACAAACAGCUUUUCACCUUAGUGGAAUGGGCCAAGCGCAUCCCCCACUUCUCAGACCUCAUGCUGGAAGAUCAAGUGAUUCUUCUGCGAGCAGGUUGGAAUGAGCUGCUCAUCGCCUCGUUCUCCCACCGCUCGGUGUCCGUGCAAGACGGCAUCCUGCUGGCCACGGGCUUACACGUGCACCGCAGCAGCGCCCACAGCGCCGGGGUGGGCUCCAUUUUCGACAGGGUUCUGACAGAACUGGUGUCUAAAAUGAAAGACAUGCAGAUGGACAAGUCUGAGCUGGGAUGCCUGCGAGCCAUUGUCCUGUUCAACCCAGAUGCCAAGGGCUUGUCCAGUCCCUUCGAGGUGGAGUCUCUUCGAGAGAAGGUCUAUGCCACGCUGGAAGCCUAUACAAAGCAGAAGUAUCCUGAGCAGCCUGGAAGAUUUGCCAAACUCCUCCUCCGGCUGCCGGCACUGAGAUCUAUUGGGCUGAAAUGCCUGGAGCACCUCUUCUUCUUCAAGCUGAUCGGGGACACGCCCAUCGACACCUUUCUCAUGGAGAUGCUGGAGACUCCGCUGCAGAUCACCUGACCUGAGAAGGAACUAGUCGAGGACAAUUUAGGACAUCGUGGACCCCGUCAGCUCCUGCACACCCCCCCCCUCCACCCGGCCUCUGUCCCAUCCUGCGACUGAUUGUAAUAAAGAGAGGAUUUUUAAACCUUCCGAUCUUUCUAGGUGGGACUAUUUGUACAAGCAGGAAGUUACUCAUCAGCCCCUCCCCUGUGGAAUUGCUGCAAUUUAUCAAAGCACUAACAGGACCCUUUCCCCUUGUACGUUUAAUCGGUUUAAAUUAUUUUUUCACUCUCAAUAAACGCAAAAAAAUAUAUAUAUAUAUAUAUAUAUAUGA